AUGCCGAAAAGGAAAUCCACCCACGGGGAGUCUGAGUCUGAGCAGUCGACGCGUCGACGUUCUUCGCGGUUGAGCAAGGGUGUAGAGCCAACGGAGGAAGUUAUGGCGCCUGUGAAAGAAGAGAAGCCCCAAGCACUUUCUACUGGGAAGAAGGGCGGGAGGAAACCAGCUGCUGUCAAGGAAGAGGAGGAGAAUGAGGAGAAGAAAGUGGAGUCACAACCACCGACCAAACGAUCCCGCACAGCCAAAUCCACCAAACCAACCCCAUCCCCUUCCCAACCCCCAGUGGCAGCCAAGCCUCCCACUACCGCCACCACCACCACCACCACAGGCACCCCAGCCCGACAAUACUGGCUCCUCAAAGCCGAACCCCUCCCCCGUCUUGAAAACGGCCACGACGUCCACUUCUCCAUCGACGACCUUGCCGCCCGCACCUCCCCGGAACCCUGGGACGGCAUCCGCAACUACUCAGCCCGCAACAACCUACGCUCGAUGCGUGUUGGCGACCUUGCCUUUUUCUACCACUCCAACUGUGCCAACCCAGGCAUCGUGGGCGUCAUGGAGAUUGUGCGCGAAGCCGAGGAAGAUUGGACGGCUGUUGACCCAAAGGCUGCUUAUUUUGAUCCAAAGGCUAAAAAGGCCAAGGAGGAGGGCAAGGAGAAUCCGUGGAGUUUGGUGCAUGUGGAAUUUAGGGAGAAGUUUGAGAGGGAAUUGGGACUGAAGGAGUUGAGAGAGUGGGGAAAAGGGGGAGGGCCGUUGGAGGGCAUGGAGUUGUUAAGGCUGGGGAGGUUGAGUGUUAGUCGGGUUGGGGAGGGGGAGUGGGAGUUCUUGAUGGACAAGGCUGGGGGGAGGACGGGGAGGUGA